UCAAAGAAGGAAAAAAACAAGAUGAGUGAAGCAACAGAUAGCUGGAGGUUCAUCUACAAAGAUCCUAAUCAGCCAAUUGAAGCUAGGGUCGUUCACCUCCUCUCUCACAUGUCCUUUAAGGAGAAAGUUGGCCAAAUGACCUGCACUGAUCAGAACACUGCCGCAAGUCCUUCAACUCUAAAAAGACUAACACACUCUUCUUCUUCUUCUUCUCUUCUUUUAUUUAUUUAUUUUUUAAUAAUAAAAAGUAGUCUUCUUUUAGUCAUGCUCAUGCCCAUUUCAUUCUUAUCUUAGUGAUUAUUUCUUUUUGUACUUAAUUCGCCUAGGUCCUAGGACAAGAAAUAAAUAAACCAAAAGAGAACUACUUUUCAUGCUUAGAUUCCUGGAAAUGACUUAAAUUAUCAUGCCCAUUUCAUUCUCAUCUUAGUGAUUAUUUCUUUUUGUUCUUAAUUCGCCUAGGUCCUAGGAUAAGAAAUAAAUAAACCAAAAGAGAACUACUUUUCAUGCUUAGAUUCCUGGAAAUGACUUAAAUUAGUGAAUUAGUUCUUGCAAAGCGGUUGAUCUAUAAGUGUAGGUUUGUCAGCAGUAGAGUGUUCCAAAUAACUUACUGUCAAUAUCUUACUCUGAAAUUGCUGCCCAUUGCAUUAUUAUCUCAGUAUAAAAACUACAAGUAGUAAUGUUUAUCUUGUAACUCAAAGAAUAGCCAAGCUUUUGUGUAAGCAGAACCUGGGUCAGUUCAGCAACAAAGAAGAAAAAAAAACCAAAGAUGAGUGAAGCAACAGAUAGCUGCAGGUUCAUCUACAAAGAUCCAAAUCGGCCGAUUGAAGCUAGGGUCAAUGACCUCCUCUCUCACAUGUCCUUGAAGGAGAAAGUUGGCCAAAUGACCUGUACUGAGAAUCCUGCUGCUAGUCCUUCCACCAUCAAAGACUUGUCCAUUGGGGCAUUAUAUUCUUGCCCAGCCAGUUGUUAUCCGACUGAACCUGCUUCAGCAAUUAACUGGGCUGAUAUGGUUGACAGUUUACAGAAGGCAGCUUUAGAGUCACGCCUUGGUAUCCCAAUUAUACAAAUGUGUGAUUCCGUCCAUGGUCAUGGAAAUGUGUUUGGUGCUACAAUAUUCCCUCAUAAUGUUGGCCUUGGAGCAACUAGAGAUAAAAACUUAGUUGAAAGAAUUGCAGCUGCUACUGCACUGGAACUCAGAGCAACUGGAACUAAUUUUUCUGUUGCUCCUUGUGUAGCUGUUAUGAGAGAUCCAAGAUGGGGAAGAUGUUAUGAGAGUUUUAGUGAGGAUAGUGAAAUAGUUAGUGCCAUGACAUCUGCUGUUGUAGGAUAUCAGGGCAUACCGCCUGAAGGACAUCCUAAUGGUUACCCUUAUGUAGCUGGCAGAACAAAGGUUAUUGCAUGUGCCCAGCAUUUCGUUGGAGAUGGGGGCACUGAACUUGGUUUAAUGGAAGGAAAUACUGUAUCAUCUUUUGAAGACUUGGAGAGGAUCCAUAUGAAACCUUACCUGGAUUGUUUGGCUCAUGGAGUCUCCACUAUUAUGCCCUCUUAUACCAGCUGGAAUGGGACUAGAAUGCAUGGUCACCGCUUUCUCUUAACAGAUAUUUUGAAAGAGAAGUUGGGAUUCAAGGGAUUUCUUCUAUCAGAUUGGGAAGGAAUUGACACGAUAUGUGAACCAUACAGAGCAGAUUAUCGUCAUUGCGUUUUAACAUCAAUUAAUGCAGGAGUGGACAUGAAUAUGGAGCCUUUACGAUAUGAAGAAUAUUUUGAAACUUUGAUAUCUCUCGUUGAAUCAGGGGAGAUACCCAUGUCCAGGAUUGAUGAUGCUGUGAAACGAAUAUUGAAAGUCAAAUUUAUUGCUGGCCUUUUUGAGCAUCCCUUUGCUGAUAGAUCCUUGCUAGAUAUGGUUGGUUGCAAGGUGCAUAGAGAAUUGGCACGCGAAGCAGUAAGGAAAUCACUAAUUUUGCUAAAGAAUGGGAAGGACCCGGAAAAGUCAUUCCUCCCUCUGGAUAAAAAUGCAAGAAGAAUAUUAGUUAUUGGGAGGCAUGCUGAUGAUCUUGGGUACCAGUGUGGAGGUUGGACGAUAACAAAGUAUGGGACCAGUGGCAGAAUAACAAUCGGGACAACAAUAUUGGAAGGCAUUAAAGAAGCAGUUGGAGAACAUUCAGAAGUCAUAUAUGAGCAAAACCCAUCAUCAGCAACCUUUGAAGGCCUAGAAUUCUCCUAUGCUAUAGUUGUUGUUGGUGAGCCUGCUUACGCUGAAGGCAAGGGAUAUAAUGUAGAGCUCAAAAUUCCUUUUGAUGGUGCCAAUGUUAUUAACAUGGUUGCAGAAAGAGUUCCAACUUUGGUAGUUCUGAUAUCUGGAAGGCCUCUUGUUUUGGAACCAGAACUUCUGGAAAAGAUGGAUGCAUUGGUUGCAGCUUGGUUGCCAGGGAGUCAAGGAGAGGGAGUAGCAGAUGUAGUGUUUGGAGACUAUGAAUUCCAAGGAAAGCUUCCUGUCACUUGGUUCAAGAGAGUAGAUCAGCUGCCUAUGAAUUAUGGGGAUGAGCAUUAUGAUCCUUUAUUUCCUUUAGGCUUUGGUUUAAAGACGAAGGUGCAUUAGAUGAAUUUGGGUAUGUAAAUUCAAUACGGCUAGGUACACAACAGGUCAUAUCAGCAGCCGUGAAAAAGGUUGUGCUUACUUAUGUGAAUUUAGUUAAGUCAAGCUUAUGUUACCUUAUAACCAGCCCAGUCUGGGUUAUGUCUACUCUGUUUUUAUGAGACAUAAUCUGGCCGAACAUGUAUGGAUCAUAUGUUUGAAACCCAUCUGAUGGUUUUAAAAAAUAUUCCUUUUUGUUUCUAAUCAUCUUGUAAAUGAAAUUGAAAUGAAAAGAAAAAUCUUGUUUGGUACAA